AUGCAUCCCUAUGCUGUAACCAUGCUCACUUACAUUAUACUGUCCACCAUCUUUCUGCUCACUGUGACUCUCAACCUGCUGGUCAUCAUCUCCAUCUCACACUUCAAGCAGCUCCACAGCCCCACCAACCACCUUGUCCUCUCUCUGGCUGUGUCUGAUUUCCUCGUGGGCCCCCUGAUGUUGUUUCAGCUUUUGCUUGUAAAUGGCUGUUGGUUCCUCAGUGACCUUGUGUGUUCUCUCUACAGUGUUACUGACUAUAUUAUUACCACUACCUCAAUAGGAACCAUGGUGCUCAUAUCCAUUGACCGCUAUGUGGCUAUUUGUGACCCUCUGCAUUACUCCACGAAAGUCACCCAGAAAAGAGUUCAAGUCUGUGUUUUGUUGUGUUGGAUGAGUUCUGCACUCUGUCACACCCUGCUGAUGAAGGAUAACCUGAUACACCCUGGCAGGUACAAAUCCUGCUCUGGAGAAUGUGUGGUUGUUAUUGAUUAUAUUGCUGGACGUAUUGAUAUGUUUUUGUCCUUUAUUACUCCCAUUACUGUUAUUCUAGUUCUGUAUAUGAGAGUGUUUGUGGUGGCUGUGUCUCAGGCUCGUGCCAUGAAUUCUCACAUUGCAGCUGUCACACUCCAGGGUUCAGUGAAAGUACUUGCUAAGAAAUCUGAAAUGAAAGCAGCCAGGACUCUUGGUGUUGUAAUCUUCAUGUUUGUAAUAUGUCUCUUCCCAUAUUUUUGUGUUACACUUACAAGUCAGGACACCCUAAUCAAUCAGUCGUCUUCUGCUUUUGUAAUAUGCUUGUUCUAUUUUAACUCCUGUCUAAAUCCUAUGGUCUAUGCCUUUUUUUACCCCUGGUUUAGAAAAUGUACUAAACAAAUUGUUACACUUAAGAUACUGAAGCCUGGCUCCUGUGAAGCCAAAAUACUGUAG